CGUUGCUCACUAUGCUCCGUGCUCGCCCUCGACAAGUUCCUCGACGAAUCUCCACACGGAGUCGGGCCUCAAGUCCCUCGACGAGUUCUUCUCCGGCAAGACCUACAUCUCCGGGUAAAGCUCGUCUACAAGAAGCCGGCGAAGAAGACGACCGCAUCCCCAUCUUCGUCGGCUCGGAGGACCUCGCGUGGAACCAUGUAUCAUCCCACUAGAGGCAGCAUUCGCGGUGGCAAAGACCGAUGCAAGGAUAUUGAUGAUGCCCUGCACUAUACAGCCCUUUCCAAUGGAAAUUUUGAAGUUGGAGUUCAUAUUGCCGACGUGACAAAUUUUUUGCACCCUUCCACACCACUCGAUGAUGAGGCUAUGCAAAGGGGCACUUCUGUUUACCUUGUUGAGCGCUGCAUUGACAAGCUUCCAAAGCCUUUGACAGAAGAUAUAUGUUCACUUCGGGUAGAUGUGGAGAGAUUGGCUUUUUCUGUUAUCUGGGAAAUGUGAAGCAGAUAUAAUAUCCACAAGAUAUACAAAAAGCAUUAUUAAAUCAUGUGCAGCUCUGUCUUAUAUUGAAGCUCAGACAAGGAUGGAUGACAGGUAAUCAUGUAAAUGUUGAGAAGGCUAUUCCUCUAUUCAUAUGAGCUCUUUUCUGGUGUAUAACCUCUCACAUAUUGUACUAAACUUGUUCUGAUUAAUCAACAUGCUAUUUCCACAUGA